CGUGAGAUACGGAGGACGAAAGUUUGUUGAGGAAAAUUUACUUUCUUUCGUCUGGCUUGCGUGCGUUUUUCGUCCAGCUUUUUCAUUUAAAUAAGAAAUGGCUCCAAACCCCAAAAAGGUUUUACGGGACAUUCUGGAGGACCUGAAGGAUGCCGACUUCCAGAAGUUCCGGGUCGAACUCCUGGAGCGAAAGGAUGGUGUGAAAACGAGCCAGGUGGAGGGGAAAGGCUUUCUGGACGUUGCAGAUGUCAUGGUGUCAGUUUACACCGAGAAGAAGGUUCUGCUGGUGGCCGAUGAGAUCCUCAGAGAGAUCCGCUGCGUGGAUGCGGCGGAGGAACUGGCUAAAGCGGCUAAAAAGGCAGGUUUUCCAUACCAAGGUGCUGCUUCCGGUGAAGCAGGAGGCGCUCCAACAGAAGCUGCUGCUGUGAAGAGAGAAGGGGAGCACUUUGUGGACAGACACAGAGAAAAGUUGAUCCAAAGAGUCACCAACAUUGCACCCAUCUUAGAUGGACUUUUACAGAAGAAAGUUAUCCUGCAGGAAACUUAUGACCAAAUAUUGCGUCUGCAGACCACUCAGUCUCAGAUGAGGGAGAUCUUCAUCUGCCUGAGAGCUAGUGAUGCCUGCAAAGACAUUUUCUUCUCCAUCCUUCAGGAGAAAGAGGGAUUCCUCAUCAAAGACCUCAUCUGACUGAAGGAACCGAUGAGGGGGAACCAUGGACGGUUCUAAGGGUGGGUCAGAGGGGUCCUGGUUCCUGCUGCCAUGACGUUCCUUAUUUACAGAUCAGUAAAAACCAAAACAUUCAACCUUUUACCUUUUAUCAUCAGUUAAUGGUGGUUAGCUGCACAUGUAGUGAUCUGUUAAACUAAAUAUUUUGACUAAACAAGAAUUUCCCUUUGGAAGUAAAUGCAUAAUAAUUAUUGUUGCUGUUAGUUUUGCAGUCAUAUUACGUUUUGCUUAUUUUAGCUCUGACUUGAUGUGAAGCAGAUUUUUCAGCAGAAACUGAGAAAUUUCUUUAACAGGAACCACACUGAAAGAUGUUGGCCGGGUCGGGGCUAAAGCUUGCAGAGUUUUUGCCUCUCAAUCCACGAGGACUUGAAUUUGGCCUUAGCCAACCAAUCCUGUUUCACCGUCAUGUAAUGUUUGGUUUUGUCAGUGUAGGAGCCACUUAUAGUUCUUGGUGUUUGGGUAAGCUUAUUUUCUGGUUUAUUUGGGUUAGGGUGGUGGUGUUUUGUUUAGGUUGACACACCGACCUAUAUUAUGUUCUACCACUGGUGGCGGUGUGGAGGGGAAAGCUAUAUAGGUCAGAGGGCAGGAAGGGUUUGGGUGACGGGAGGUCAUACAGUUUUUACUGGUUUUCUUUGGUAAAGAAUAGCCUACGGCUAUGUUAAGUUCUGUCAUUCUGUCAAGAAUAAAGU